GUCAAUGUCAAAUCAAACUGAACGUGCAUUUCUUUACUAAUAGAUUCUCUUUGCGUUUUCAAUUUUCAUUGCAUUAUUGUUGUGUAACCUGUGAGAAUAUUCUGUUUUAAAAAAUGUAUUUUGUAUCAAACAUUGUAAAAGUUACCAUCCCUAACUAUUUGGCCAGCUUACCAAUUCCUGAUUCUCUCGGAGGGUGGUUUAGACUUGGAUUUCGCGAUUGGUUAGCAUUAAUCCCCCCAACUGUUGCUGUUGGUGGAAUAUCUUACUACUCAUACAUAACUAUCAAGAAAGCCAAUGAAGCUGGCAACGGACAGGUGAAUCCUGGCAUUAGGAAGGACAUCAAUAAAGUUGUCGACUUCGUUGACAUCGAGGAUAUAACUGAAAAGGUCUCAUUGUGCAGGUGCUGGAGGAGUAAGAAUUGGCCGUACUGCGAUGGUGCCCAUGGGGCUCAUAACAAGGAAACAGGAGACAACGUCGGACCAGCGGUUGUUAGACAUAAGGAAAACAAGUAGAAACAUCCGUCACAAACAGAUAUACAGCCAGUUGGAUUUUGAAAUGGAUUUAACUAACUUUUUUUUGAAUAUUGGAUAGAAGCAGACAGAAUAUUGGAUAGAUGGAUACUCUUCGGUGAAUUCCAUAAUAUUCAAUGAACAUAAAACUUAAUUUCCUAUACUCCGCGGAAAGCAGGAGAUUCUGUGAAGGUGCAUCUUAACUGAUGAUUGACUUAACAAAACCUGUAUUGGAGCGAAUCGUGCGGAAGAUCUUUUUGUUGUGGAGUAUAAAGAAAUUAUAAAUGACAUCGUACUGGUUCUCGUGCUUUUUGAGCAGUAUAGCAAAUUAGUUCUUAUGUUCAAUGUUUCUUUUUAGUUAUAAAACCAGGGUAUAGUUUUGGUAAUGGCAGUUUUUAAUUUUUUAACAUUUGUUUUUCACUUUUCUAAAACAGACACCUUAAAAGGUAGUAUUUGAUAUUUUAUUUCAAUCCGCUUUUUUUUAAAUCUUACUUUAUGUUGGUUAAAUAUUGUAGCAUGCCAAUAUAUAUUAUUCGCGGUUAGAAAGUCUUAAGCGUAGUUACAUAGACCAUCAAAGUUUUAUCUAGCCAAGGCAAUUUAGACUCGUUUUUUAGAUCUGUUUAAAAUCCUUCUGGCUCAGCUAAUAAUAACCUCAGUGUAGAGUUACAACAGGUGAUAAAUUGUGAUUGGAAAAGGUUAUGAGCACACUUGAAGAAUUAAAUUAAAUAAAAGAAAAAUUAAAAAAACAAUUGCAGUUCACAACUUGAAGAAGUUCUUUCUGGUGCGAAUUUUAGACAGUAUGGCACCAAGUUUGAAUGACACUUUGCUUGAAUUUAAAUUACGUAUUCAAGUGUGGUUUUAGUCAAUAAAUGUAUAAACAAAUUAUCAAGUACCAUUCAUAUAAGUGGAUUUAUAUUACGUAGUAUUGUUAUCACAUAAGAGAACAAGUUUUAAUUUUACAAUGUAUACAAUUUUUUUGAACUGUGGCCUUAUUUUUGUCUUCUUUGUUAAGGAUUGUUGUUACCGGUUUUUAAUGAAAAUUCGUUAAAUAAAAUUGCAUUUCUAUUAA